AUUUGCAGUGAUUUGUUUGCAGAAAUGAGGACACCAUACGAAAAUGUUUAUAAUGCUUUCACAGUCAUUUCGCCAAAUCAUUGGCAAACUUUCGUAUUUAACGUAGAAAAUUCCAAAGCUCGAGUAACAUAACAUUUUUGCACGUUUAAAAUGACUCAUAACGAAACGUCUGGAUGCUCUAUGAGCACUCUGUGCAUUUUUGCACUCAUUAGCUUCGUAAUCAUCAUUGAUCAUCGAUGUCGUGGUGAGGGAGAACAGAAUGUUACGACGGAGUCGACCACAGAAGCGCAGCAGCCAACAAACACCACAGAUUCGUCGUUCUCCGUAAGGGAUUUUAAUCGUUCAAGUUUAAGGCACAUUGAAUGUUCGAAGAGGACUUUGCACACACAUCAUUACAAUCGAUUUCUUCCGCCAACUUUCAAUCGUCAUAUGCUGAACAGGAGUCAGGCGGAAUGCAAGGAAUUCAAGGAGGAGAUACAGCUUCCCCAAUGCAGCCUUAUGGUCAUAAACAAAUUGGACCUUCUGCAAAUAAAGAAGAUCGAUGAAGAAUUCGGUAGCGUCCGAAUGCUGAUGAUUUUUCGACAAUAUUGGACGGACACAAGACUGCGUCUACCGCCUGAGUUCACAAACGACUGUCCUAAUACAUAUGAGGUGAACAAUGGUACAGCAUCGUAUGUCCCCGAUAUAACUACAAGCCACUUGUGGUUGCCAGACACUUUUAUCCACGGCAUUGAAGAAGUCUACAAACCAGAGAUUUUGAUGAAGGCACAAACAUUCGGAGUGAACGCGAAAGGACGGAUAACAUUCACGAUGUUUGGCGUCUUCAAGUUAUCGUGCAACAUGAGAUUGCACAACUUCCCGAUGGAUAUCCAAUACUGCCCAAUGUUUUUGGAGAGCUGGCGUCUCACCGAAGAUUUCCAAACACUGGUGUGGUCCAAGAACCGGCCCAUCGGCAUACAAAAAGCCUACAGUCUGGAUCAAUUCGACCUCCAAGUGCGUGUGCUCGACAUCCAAAACGUCAAAUACAUGACAGGGAACUUCUCUCAGCUAGGCGUCGUACUCAUCUUCUCCCGCAAGCUACAAUUCUACAUCCUUCAGAUCUACUUUCCUACGGUGCUGUUCGUCAUCAUCUCCUGGUUGACGUUCAUCAUACCUCCGACAUACGCACAGGGGCGGAUCAUCCUCACCAUUACCACUAUGCUGACGCUGGCAGCCCUCUUCACGCUCGUCAGUGUCCACUCGCCGGAUACAUCCUAUCUGAAAGCCAUCGAUAUCUGGAUGUUUGUCUGUUUGACGUUCGUAUUCGCAGCCGUCGUCGACUGUCUAGUGGACAUCCGUCUACUCUUCGUCGUCUCGCAGACGUAUAAAGAAGAAAAACUUGGAUUCUUCACACCGAUAUCGGUUGCGCUUGUGGAAAACAAACGCGUGUUUGCUGACUUCUUCGGAGAUGAACACAAAGAAGAAGAAAGUGAAGAUGUUGCUGCUUCAGCUGCCCCGUCAGAGUUCUUCGAUGUCUCCAGUCGACCUGACAUUACUGCUGCUGGUUCUUCAAGCGCUGGGGUGCGUUCCAUCGUAAAAUCAGGCCCCUCGAAGCAGCGCAGUGCUGCUGCCUUGGGUGUCACCUUUGCCCCCGAGCCAUCACCAAGCGCGAUUCCCACUCCACCAGAGGCUGUCACAAGGCAACGAAGGGCGACUCUUGAAGACCGUUUGGAUCACAAGGCUGUCGUGUUUGAAAAGCUUUCUCUGAUUCUGUAUCCGCUAGCGUUUAUAGUGUUUAAUAUUUGUUAUUGGGCCUACUAUCUGACGGCUGCGCAUCCACCGGAGGAUUUAGCAGGUCCGUUGGAGCGCGGGUUCACCCCAGAGCCGAUCGUCAUGCAUUUUCUGGAUGAAAGUGAGCUACACUGAGUUAGAUCAGCAUGAUCGAGUAGUAAAUGGAACGUGCUGUGAAUAUGCCAAACAUAUUUCGUCUCGGUCUUUGUUGUUUUCCGUGCUGAAUGAUUUGUAAUCGUGUAAAUGUGAUUGCAACGUUUACAAUUUACAUUGUGGCAUGAGUGCUUCAGCAUGAUUCUGUCACCAGUCACCACACCCAAGAUUGAAGUUCGUUUGAUGGCAUACAUUUCAAUGCUUCUACUUAUCGUUCACUGUGUGAAAUGCGUACUUGUGAAGCAUAAUGUAUGACCGUUUGUAUUAUCUCACGUCGGUGAACAGAUAAUUAGAAUGUAAGUGCACGACCUCUCAAGGCAAUACACAAGCAUCAAGGC